AUGUUUAAGCUUAGACGGAGAGCAAGGCCAGACUCUCUUGCCCCUUGUUCAGUUUGCUACCAGCUCUUUAGUUCGGGUUCAGUUCAUGGUCAUUGUCCUGGAACCUCUGUAUUUAGGUUGAGUUGUUUUUGGUCACUUCACAACACAUGCUCUUUAAAAAAAAAAUCAUAACAAACAACGGGUGAUUGGAAGGAAAAUGUUAGUGUUUCAAAUAUAGAGCAUGUAUAAACAUGAUGAAGGAAUGAACAGUUGUCUGAGACGAGGGCUUUGAGGUCAUUGGCACUGUUGGAAUCUAAUGCUCCGGUCUGGAGGUUUGCUGCAGCUGCUUUCUGUGCCCCAGCGAUACAGACAUGAAAAAUACCAGCAAUGUCCACCAAGAAGUCAUGCGGUGAACAUAUACAAUGGAGGAUCAUGAAAUGAACUUUGAGGAAGGUUAUGGAUCUCCAUCAGAGAACGAGGGAACGUGUGAACCUUUAUUUAUUAACGAGGAAGAUGAAGAUUACUUUGAAGAUUGCUUGGAAGAGAUUGAAGCAACUCUUACUCUGCCUGUAGAGCCCAUGAACUACUCACCAAAAUGCAGAGAGGUCUUGCAAGCUGAGUUUAAUGGACUUAUGCAACAGAUGUUGGCACAAUUAGAUGUUUUUGAGGGAACCCACAAAAUCACAUCUACAUCAAUGGAUGUAUUUUCAGAACCAGAUGACAAAACUGACAGGAAUGCAUGCAUAAAAGCAAUCGUGUUCAGAGAGCCAUUCAUUCCUGAGGAAAAGAAAACUAUGUUUCAGGUCAAAGAUGAUUCUCUGGGCAGUCCUGUUGAGACAGCACACGAGUUGUCAACUGUCAUGAACAUAAAAGAGCUGGAAGCAGCAUUUGAGGCAUGUAUCGAGGAGGUGGGCCAGUUGGAGCGCAGAAGAGAUGAGCUGGUUCGGGAGCUUCUGGACCUCGAGGAGCCCAUGGCCCAGGAGUUGACGACUUUAAGGAAGAGUCUAGGGAAGGAGCAAGGUUUUCUGUCCAAAGUCAAACUGGAGAAACACAGGUUCCAGGAAGAGACUUUAAUGACUAAGAGACGGCUAUUUAUAGUGGCUCGAGAAUGUGCACAGAGACAAGUAGAGCUUAUAACACAACAUAAUGAGGUGGAGCAACUUAACAAAGCUCAGGAGGAGCUAAAGGCCCUUGUUGCAAAAAUGACGGAAGAGAUCACUAAGCUCAAUUCAGAUCACCAAAAUCACGUUCUGGCCCUGCAACAACAGCAGAACAAUAUCACUCGGGAAUCCACCAGAAAGAAGACACAUUCUUACGUGACACAGGGAAGACGGGCCUCUUUCGACUUACAGCAAUACCUGCACGGAGGGAUAAAAAUUCUUGAAGAGUUUUACGAGCCCCGGUUAAUAUCCCUGUUAAAGAGGCGACAGGCCACCACAGAAGCCAUUAGCAAAGCUAAAGAACAGUGCCAGGAGCUAAGGACGAGGCUAGGGCCACUGAGAGAAGAGGAACAUGUGCUGAAACUCCAGAAGAUUUGUCUGGAGGAAAGAAUCCAAUUAAUGGAGAAUCAGAGGAGGGAAAAUGUGGAACAAUAUCGGGAGACAGUUGACCUCUUAGAGGAAAACAGCCGACAACUGAAAAUUGAGCUUCAAAUCCAGAUAAGAAAGACAGAAGAAUUGGAGAUGAUGAAGAACGACAUUGCUAGAGAACUGCUCUUCUAUAGGCAAAGCAUAGAGGGCCUCUGCAAGAAAGAGAACACAGUGAUGGUGGAAAAAACCUAAACUUCCAAUUAUUGUGUUAUUGAUUAUUAUUUAUAUUAUAUGCCUUUGAUAUCUUGUUUUCAUAGCUGUUGUUGAUAUGCAUAUUGUUUUUUGUUUUUGUUUUCACAUUUGUUUUCAAAUACAAGCUGCCUGUUUUCACCAUCACCUAAUGAAUAAUCACAGAAUGGACAUGCAUGUAGAUGAAGGCCACAAAUAUCAAUGAAAGUGAAAGUGACAUGUUUGUUAAGUAUGAAAUGCAUACUCUGAAUAUCAGGACCAACCUUGUCAGUUUCUGAGAGCUGCAAGUAUUCAAAUCUUAAUUCGACAGGUUACACAACACAAAAUGUUGUUAAAAUAGCUGUGUCGUAAAGUACAUCAGCCAAUGGAAAGGAGAAAUAAAGCUAUUACUGUAUAUUUAGUGGUGCCUGUGAAUGCUUUUUCUCAACAGAGGUGGGCAAAAACAAGGACAUAUUUGGGCACUGCAAGACCUCUCUAAGCAUACUGAUGGGGUGAUGGCUGAAAGGAUGGAUGUAACAAAUAGGAUUAUGCACACUGUUAAUUUUAUGUCUUGUUAUAAGGGUCUGAGAUAAACAUUAAAGUUAAAUUAAAGUUUUGUUUAUGUGACUCAUAGGCUACCGGACUACAAAAAUAUUACAAAAAUACUAACUCUGUCACAGUGAUAAGUGCUUCAAAAGCUUAAAGGUGUUAAAAUAAGACUUGUUAAUGAUUAUGUUAUGGACAAUACAUCAACCAUAAAAUCUGUAGCUUAACAAUAAAGUAAGUUAAGUAAAACAUGCUUCUACAGUCUCUCCUUAUUGGAUUUCAUUAGGAAAAUGUCAAUAAACAU